AUGGCAGACUUGGGGGGCCAGCGUAACCGGAAUUACCGGCCUUACGGCAACGGCCCUGCCCCGGCCGUGCAACGAGAUGCUGCGUACAACGACAUCUUCGGAAGCGCACCUCCCCCGGGACGCUCCCAGACCAUGAAUUCGCAGACUCCACAGUUCUCACAGGGUCGCGCUCACACCAUGUCGUCGCACGUGGCGCACCCUCAAUUUCAGAGACCGCCGCCUCCGCCCACACGACAACCUGUUGCGAAUGGUUACGGACCCCCACCGUCUGCGCCGCCAAAUGGAUAUCCGCCAGCGCCCCCUCCUGGACAGUAUCAAGCAUACAAACCCGGGGCGGCGACGAUGUCUUCGCAGCCCCCGCCCACGCGACAGUACCCAGGGGCGGGGGGACGAUUCGCCUAUCCGCGACCCCAACGCUUGGAUUCUAGACCCGGUCCGCCACCCCAGUACCCGGAACCCCGCGACCUGGGCCGGCCAAUGCCUCCUCCCGCCUUGAAUUCCGAUGCGACGAGAUCACGGUCGAUGGCCAAACUGAAUGGACCAUCCCAUCCGGCCCCUGCCCCGCCGACUCCUUUCAAUCACACCUCCUCUGCGGCCGCGCGCCAGCAGCCGUACCAUCCCGGUGCUGCAACGAUGACUCAACUCGGACGGACAGUUCCCGAGCGACAUAACAACGAGCGAGCCAUGUCCAUGACCACAUAUGCGACGGAUGUCAACCAUGCUCACAUCAUGAACAGUGGGAGGUCCAUCCCGGCUAGAAGGCCCCCAUCUGGCCAUGAGCAAUCGACGUCACCGCAAAGAUUCGAUUCAAUGCCCACGAAUGUGGCCGAUGCCUACGUGAACAAGUCUCGCCCUCCCAGCGAUGCUUCCACCCGAUCUCGCACAAUGUCCAUGGCAUCGACUAUUAACCCGGAUCGAACCAUGAGCGUGCAGAGUCAAGCUACACAGAGUUCCAACGGCCAGACCACACUCGUUUCCAGGGAUUCGCGCCGCCGGGUUCCUGUCGUUUACCCGGCUCUGCUAUCGCUGGUCGCCGAUGUGUUUCGGGAGAAGAUAUCGCUUGGUGAGCGGCAGAAAAACGGUCUGUCGUAUCAGAAUGCUUUCUCGGGCACUGAUGCCGUGGAUCUGAUUGCUUCGAUUAUUCGGACAAAUGAUCGCAACCUUGCUCUUCUUCUGGGUCGUGCGUUGGAUGCUCAGAAGUUUUUCCAUGAUGUCACAUAUGACCAUCGCCUCCGAGACGCUCCUGGGGAGGUCUAUCAGUUCAAGGAGACUCUGACCGAAGAUAGAACGGUCGGUACAGAAGUCAAUGGGGUCUUCACCCUUCUGACUGAAUGUUACUCCCCUACCUGCACUCGGGACAGCCUCUGCUACUCCAUUGCCUGUCCGCGACGCUUAGAGCAACAGGCACGAUUGAACUUGAAGCCUCAGCCGGUACUGAGAACUUCGGGAUCCAAGGGCAGCUUGCAUAUUGAUGAUGACGAUGACAAUGACAACCAAAAGCUGUGGAUCAAUAUGGUUCCCAAGGAAGUUUCUGAGGCCGUUGACGACCACGAGAAAAAGCGGCAGGAAGUCAUCUUUGAGAUCAUGUAUACAGAGCGUGAUUUCGUCAAGGAUUUGGAAUAUCUGCGAGAUUUCUGGAUGAGACCAUUGCGCGCCGCCGGUACCAAUACUCAUUCUCCAAUCCCGGAGCACCGGCGGGAGAAGUUCAUUCGGACUGUGUUUGGCAACUGCUUGGAGGUGUUGAAGGUCAACAGCGCCCUGUGUGAAGCUCUGAAUGCUCGCCAGAAAGAAAGCCAUGUCGUGAAAACAGUUGGUGACAUCUUUCUUCAGCACGUACCCCGAUUCGACCCUUUCAUCAAAUAUGGUGCGAACCAGCUGUAUGGAAAGUUCGAGUUUGAGAAGGAGAAAGGGUCGAAUCCGGGCUUUGCCAAAUUUGUUGAGGAUACGGAACGUCUCAAGGAGUCCCGCAAGCUUGAAUUGAACGGUUACCUCACCAAGCCUACCACUCGUCUUGCUCGAUACCCCCUGCUUCUGGAAUCGGUUUUGAAAAACACUGCAGACGAUAAUCCUGACAAGGAGGCAAUUCCGAAGGCUGUCAAGCUCAUCAAGAGCUUCUUGUCACGCGUCAAUACUGAGAGCGGAAAGGCAGAGAAUCACUUCAACUUGGUGCAGCUGAAUAAUUCAUUAAAGUUCAACCCCGGCGACUAUGUGGACCUGAAGCUCACUGAGGAGAAUCGUCAAAUGCUCACCAAGAUGGGGUUCAAGAAGACCACAGGAGAAAGCUCGGAAGUGACUGCCUAUCUUUUUGAUCAUGCGGUGCUCCUAGUUCGCAUUAAGGUUGUUAACAAAAGAGAAGAAUUCCGUGUGUACAAAAAGCCUAUUCCCCUUGAGCUCUUGGUUAUUGCUCAGAUGGAUGAGGUGAUUCCCCGCUUAGGAAUUUCCAAGCGACCCUCAUCCAGCCUCUUAUCUAACAAAGUGGCUCCGAACCCUCCGCCUGCCAAAGAUGGACAGCUGCCGAUCACAUUCAGGCAUCUUGGCAAAGGCGGCUACGAGCAGACUCUUUAUGCAACAUCUCCUACUCAGCGGCGGAAGUUCAUUGAAAUGGUGGAGGAACAACAACGAAAGCUAUGGGAACGAAACAGCAACUUUUACAACAAGACUGUUUUGUCGGAGAACUUUUUCUCUGCUAUUAACCGUGUUAAUUGCUGUGUUCCAGUUGAUGGAGGACGCAAGUUGGUCUACGGAACUGAUAGCGGCAUUUACCUGUCUGAACGCUGGCCCAAGGACAAGUCAGCAAAGCCAAGGAAGGUUCUGGAGGCUAGCCAGGUCACUCAAAUCGACACAUUAGAAGAGUAUCAACUGCUUCUGGUCUUGGCAAACAAAACUCUCCAGUCCUACCCUCUUGAAGCUCUCGAGAUAGGGGAAGGUCAGAACGUCAUCGCUAAGCGCCCGAAGAAGAUUCAGGGCCAUGCAAACUUCUUCAAGGCAGGCAUUGGUCUUGGUCGACACUUGGUAUGCUCCGUGAAGACGUCCGCGUUGUCAAGUACCAUCAAGGUUUACGAGCCGAUGGAUAAUCUGGCCAAGGGCAAGAAAAAGUCCGCUGUCAGCAAGAUGUUCCAGAGUGGCCAGGAUACUCUGAAACCAUUCAAGGAAUACUACAUCCCUGCUGAGUCUUCCUCGAUUCAUUUCCUCCGAUCUACCCUGUGUGUCGGCUGUGCGCGCGGUUUCGAGGUUGUUAGUCUUGAAACAACCGAGACACAGUCUCUUCUGGAUCAGGCCGAUACAUCUCUCGAUUUCGUGGCCCGCAAGGAAAACGUCAAGCCUAUUCACAUCGAGCGUAUGAACGGAGAGUUCCUCCUGAACUACAGCGACUUUUCUUUCUUCGUUAAUCGCAACGGCUGGCGAGCUCGUCCAGACUGGAGAAUCUCAUGGGAGGGUAACCCGACCGCAUUCGCACUCUCUUACCCUUACAUCUUGGCAUUCGAGCCUAACUUCAUUGAGAUCCGCCAUGUUGAGACCAGUGAGCUCAUUCACAUCAUGACUGGGAAGAAUAUUCGCAUGCUGCACUCCUCCACUCGUGAGAUCAUCUAUGCAUAUGAAGAUGAGAGCGGCGAAGACGUGGUCGCCAGCCUGGAUUUCUGGAACAAGCCACAGCAGAUUUAA